ACAAUUUUUUUUCGUUUCUGCUGAACCUUUCAGCCCACCUCGCGGGCACUUCUCGAAUUUUUUCGUGUCGCAAUGAAAUAUGACACAUUAUUCAGAAGCAGCUGGCUGAAGGACGAGAUGCUUGAAGAGCCUGUAUUCUCGUUCCCACAAGUUGAGUGACGCAGCACUGCUUCCGCAAUUAGCCUUCUCUUCACGCCGGCCGUUCACAAUUCCACGGUCCCGGGCGCAGUUUCGCGGUUUCGGGCCGAUAAAUUCCAGUCAGCUCACAACAACCGAGGCUUCCCUAAAGUGCUUUUGUUUUCCUUAUUGCCCCUUCAUGAUAAUGAAGGGCGUUUCAGAUUCGCAUCCAACAGUGUCGACAAGGCAUCCGCUAGCAUUUCCCCCGUUCUAUCACAUAUCGAACAACAGAAAACGGUUGCCCUAAAAAACACAGGUGUUCUUUAUACAACCAACCAGACAUGCCCAAUCACCGGCAUUGGGUCCGACAAAAACAAGAGAGAACGUCAACUUCCGAUUGAAGGUUGCCAGCCUGGGGCAAGAUGAAGGCAAGCGAAUGAGCUUAUUCAGGAGACAUGGCUCAUUUGACUGCGCUCGCUUUCACGGUGACAAUAUUAUUAGGCUCCUCGCAUCGCACGACACACCGACGCUCCUUCACCGUCGACUACGCGAACAACCAGUUCCUCAAAGAUGGCCAGCCUUUCCGCUUCAUUUCCGGCUCCCUGCACUAUUUCCGCAUCCCAAGGGCGUACUGGAGGGAUCGCAUGUUAAAGAUGAGGCUCGCCGGCUUAAACGCCCUGGACGUGUACGUGGAGUGGAGCGGCCACGAAGUGGAACCGGGAAAGUUCAACUUCAAAGGCGACUACGACUUGCAGGUGUUCCUGGACAUCGCCAAGGAAGUCGGGCUGCUGGUGAUCUUCAGACCGGGACCGUACAUAUGCGCCGAAAGAGACAACGGCGGCUUGCCCUAUUGGCUGCUGAGGUUGAAUCCCGCCAUGAGGUACAGGUCGUCAGACAUAACUUAUCUCACUCGCGUGGAGAAGUGGUUCGGCGUGCUGCUCCCCUCGGUGGAGCGGUAUCUCUACCGGAACGGCGGUCCGAUCAUCGCCGUGCAAGUGGAAAACGAGUACGGCCACUACGUUAGCUGCGACGGCUUUUACAUGCGGCACCUGGUCUGGCUUAACCAAUACUACCUCGGCAGGGACGUCGUCCUGUUCAGGACAGACGAACCGAACGACACGCUGUACAGGUGCGACGAAGUCCAGGGACCGCUGGUGGCGGCCGACUUCGGUUCGGACAAGGAUGUCGACCUAAUGUUUCGAUUUGUCAGGAGGGCGAUGAGACACGGGCCACUCGUCGUAGCCGAGUACUACUCCGGUUGGAUGGACAACUGGGGCCGACGUCACGCCGACGUCGAUCAACGAAUCGUAGUCAGGAACUUGGAGACCAUCCUGAAAUACAACGCGUCGGUGAACUUUUACAUGUUUCACGGAGGAACCAAUUUCGGGUUCACGAACGGCGCCAAUCCGCCGGCUCAGCCGACGAGCUACGACUACGGAGCACCGUUGACGGAAGCAGGCGAUCCGACCUCUACCUACUUCAAGAUAAGAGAGACUGUGGGACGCUACCUACCGCUUCCGAAGGGAGCACUGCCAGCUCCGGCACCCAAGUUACGGCUCGGUGCCGUCAGUCUCAACUCGUGCGCGUCGCUCGACGAAAUGCGGCGUUUUCUACAGAGACAAGGGUACGUCAAGCCCGUAGUGUCCCGGUGGCCAUUGUCGUUCGAAGUGCUCCGUCAAGCGUACGGGUAUGUCGUUUACACAGUGAGGUCUUCGUUCAGGCAUACGAGCCCGGACAUUCUUAGAGUGCCGGGUAUCAAGAACAGGGGUUACGUGUUCACCGCACAGACGCGCGCGGUCCUGAGCAGCGACCACUCCGUGUACAGUGCGCCCGUGGUGGUACAGCCCGGCGAGAACAUCACGAUUCUGGUGGAAAACACAGGCAGGGUCAACUACGGCCCUCUGAAUCACGACACCAAGGGAAUCAUCUCCAACGUCACGCUGGGCAGCCACGUGCUUUCUGGCUGGACUAUGGAGCCACUGCCGUUGGACGCGUCCCACGUGAUAAGGCAUCUGAUUGAAGCCCUCGGGAGCUCGAGCGUGGGUCGACAGUGCUCCGCGCCCUCUGCCUUCUUCGGCACAUUCGUGCUGCCCAAGGGUGAAAAGGUGUUGGACACCUACCUGAACCCCACAGGCUGGGGCAAAGGCGCGGCAUACGUCAACGGCUUCAACCUGGGCAGGUACUGGCCAAGCAUAGGCCCACAGGUGACCCUGUACGUUCCCGGCGUGCUGCUCCGUGCGUACCCGCACAAGAACACUAUCCUGCUCUUCGAGACUGAGUUUACGCCGCCAGGCAACCGGACCGUUAGCUUCGUGGAUGUGGCUCACAUUGACGGUCCCAUUCCUGGUGACACCGUCCGCUUCAGGGGAUAGCAAUCCACGUGCCAUCCACGUGGAUCGCUCGCGAUCACGUGUGUCGAUCCACGUGCGUCGCGUCCAGCGUUUCGCGUACGAGUGCUGCUAAGUUUUAGCGGAAACGGCGGUCGACUGUUUCUCGCAGUACCGCUACAUCGACAAGAGUGUCAGAUAGAGAGGCGACAGCGACGGAUUGUAAUCGGAAACUUGAGAGGCGUACCAUGCUACUUGCAGUGUCUUUGACUUCAAGUGAUUAUCACUGUCGAUGACGGAAAGAAAAGUAUGAUAAAAAUAGCACGCAUGGAAGAAUAGUGCAAAUGAAGAAUAAAGGCAAACCAUAACCUAA